AUGCAACUGAAGGCAGGAGGGCUUGGUCAACCCAAGAGAGCCUCUCAAGGCCUGUCCUCCGUUGCCAAUGCUUCUGACAACACCAAGCAGCUAGCUAAUCCCCAAGCCUUGUCCCUUACCACCACCCCCUCCAAGUCUGAGAUGGAUAACACUAAUAAGACUCAGCUCGUCCAAUCGAGAGAUCAUCUAGCCAAGGAGGAAAACAUCAAUCGAUUUUCCUUAGUCAAAUUCUCCGAUCAAUCUGGCUUGGCUCCUGAUAUCAUCAGUCGUCAGAAGAGCAUCAACGUCAAUCAGCUUUGUCCUCGUCGAUCUCUCCCAAUCGUGUCGGCUCAGUUCCACAGCUACGAGUUUGAUUGCUCCUCGAUUUCAACGCUGCUAGAGUUUGAUCGGUACUCGGUUUCGACGCCUAUCCAAGGUCGGCUGCUAUUUGAGGUCGGCUGCUAUUCGAGUUCGACCGCCUUUCAAGUGAAGGUUGUGAUUCUCCAUCUUGUGAAGGUUGCUGAGAUUUUUAGUCAUCGAGGAAGCCUUCCUGGGACCGCUGGGUCCAAGUUGCCAAAGAUAGCCACACGAUAG